ACUGUGGCCCGUGGGCCACCCAUGCUGGAGCAGAAGCAAAUGAGUAAGAAACAAGGAGCAGUGGAGGAAAAUGAGCAAAAAAAGAAUAUUCCAGUCGAAAAUGAUGUAAAGAGGGACAAAGAUGGACUCACUGAUCUCUAUAUUCAACAUGCUAUACCACUGCCUCAGCGUGACUUGCCAAAAAGUAGAUGGGGAAAAAUGAUGGAAAAGAAAAGGCAGCAGAAUGAAUUGAAAAGUGAGAAUAAAAGUGUUACGACAGUGGAAGGUUUAAGGAAACGGCCAUUAAUUGUAUUUGAUGGCAGUUCAACAAGCACAAGCAUAAAAGUGAAGAAGACUGAGAAUGGAGCUGCGGAUCGCCUAAAACCUCCCCCAGCUGGAAGCACCACCAAUACUGUUAGAAGACUAUCAGUUACUUCGAAUGUCUCAACGUAUAUUUCAGCCUCCAGUUUAUCAGAGGACGCUAAGCUGGAAACUGGGAAUAAUGAGGCUAAGCAGAACACUAUUUCAAAGACUAAUAGCAGUGUGUUGGCUAGUCUGAAGGUGUACCCCUUGUCCUCGGUAGCUGGAACUACUGUUGUGAAAUUAAAGAGAGCUGUUCCAAAAGAAGAAUCAGAUUUGGCGAAUGACCUAAAGCCUACAGAAGCAAAGAAGAAAAUCCAGCAUGUUACAUGGCCAUGAAGUAGCAAAUGGUGCUCAAAACAUAAAUGUUACUUCCAUAUUUUCAAUUAGAUAAGUCAUAUUUGAACAGUUUAGUUCACUUCUUUUUAAACCUUACAGGGAUUCAGAUUGCUGUGAAGUUUUAACAAGUUUAAAAUUUCCCUGUUGUAAGCCUGGAGUCAUUAUCACCAGUCACCUGAAGAGUGUUCACUAUUGUACACAAAGUAGUUCAUUCCCUCCUUAAAAGGUGGUAGUGUUACAAUAUACUAAAAUCCCCUGCUUUUAGUUCUCAAGGUUAUUAUAGUUCAUCUCCUGCAUGUCUCUACAAAUCACACAUAUAAAUAUUUUUUGUUUUCAGUAAGAUUCAGUUUUGAUCCACUUUUGGUUAAAUGGCUAAAAUAGUUAUUGAGAUUCAGAGUGAUCUCAACAGGCUUCUUGGCAUCAAAAAGGUACUUAAUUUAAAUGAAGAGGCAGACCAUUCAGCUGACCAGACAGUCUGAGACCAAAUUUUUCCGUUUUGUUACAAAGAACAGGAGCGUAGAAUUUACAGUUAGGUUAGGUUGGUAAUAAGAGAUGAACUAUGUAACAGCUUUACUUCAAAUUGAAGUUUCUCUUAUUGUCAUGUGAAAUAAGAAGUGCACAGAUGGAAGCAUAUUAUUAGACUGUCUGAAAUGAAUCUUGGAGAGGAAGUAAUGAAUGGAUUAGUGCCAUGUUCUUUUAUAUACACGGGCCUAUUUUAUACAUGCAUAAGUGUAAAAAUGUGCCUGUGUAGCUUGCUUGUUUUCCUUGUUACAAUCAUGCUUAUAAAAUAUGGGGAAAACAUGUGGAACGAAAGUCAGUGCUUUUUUCACUAACUGAAGGUUGGAGAGGAAGAGGAAUAUUAGUGUAUGUAGUCGCACUCUAAAAAAAUCUUUACCUUCCCGUCCUGUGAUCCUUUAAGGUAGACAUUGGUUUUCUGAAUGGGUUUCAGCUGGAUUAUUGCUAGUACCAUAUG